UUAAAUUUGCCUCCACCACAGUCGGAUGAUACCUUGAUAUGGAUGCAAAUUCGAAAGCCGAAUGUCCUGUGUGCGGAAAGUCCUUUCCCUCUUCUUUCAUAAACACACAUGUGAAUGAAUGCCUCAACUUCUCAAAUGUCGAAUCAACAGCAGACGACACGAUGUCAAAGUCGAACAAACGAAAGACGAGUGACAGGUCUGGAGAUAAGGGAUGGGGAUUUUUCAAACAAACUAGUGUGUCAAAAAAGGUGAAACUUUCCGACAGUACGAAAUCUAAAUCGAAACACGAACUCGAAAAGAAAGAAACUCUUAUAACUACAACAUCAACCAAUUGUGACAGUGAUGACGACGUCUCCAUAUUAAACGACGACGAUGAUCAACAAAUCGGGAAAUCCCAAAAGACAUCUAACAUCAAAAACAUUUUUCAGAGCUCUAUUCCAAACCGAAAUUCACCUAGUUCAUCCAGCCAUUCUAAUUCAACACAAGCCAAGCCGUCAAGCAGCUGUAAGAACAAGUUCGCCCCCCUGGCUGAGCGGAUGAGACCCACAAGCCUGGACCAGUACGUGGGUCAAACCAAGGCAGUGGGCAGGGAGAGUCUCCUCCACUCCCUUCUCAACAGCAGCCACGUCCCGUCCAUGGUGCUGUGGGGACCACCGGGAUGUGGGAAGACAACUCUGGCCAGGAUUAUCGCCCACAACUGUAAAUCUCACAGCAGCGUCAAGUUCGUACAGCUGUCUGCAGCAGCGUCGGGAAUCAACGAUGUCAAACAGGUAGUCACUGUGGCAAAGAACGACCAGAGAAUGUUCAAGAAGAAAACUAUUUUGUUUCUGGAUGAAAUACACAGAUUCAACAAAACACAACAGGACUCCCUGCUGCCCCAUGUGGAGGAUGGUACGCUCACUCUGAUUGGUGCAACCACGGAGAACCCGUCCUUCCAGGUCAACGGGGCCUUGCUCAGCCGGUGUCGUGUGAUUGUGUUAGACAAGCUCUCAACAGAGGAUCUGUCCGUCAUUCUACACAGAGCUGUGGAGGAGCUUGGAGCAAGGGUGUUCGAGUCUCAAGAAGACAUAGAAGAUGGUGGCGACAAUGCACAGGACGAUGAAGACAGCCCUACUGUGUGGGUGGAGAAGGAUGCUAUCACGACGCUGGCUAACCUGUGUGACGGAGAUGCUCGAGCUUCCCUCAACGGCCUCCAGAUGGCAGUACAGUCGCGGGUCAUCUCGGCCAAAUUUGCAGCUGCGACACAGAGCGACGGAGACAUGAACCAGAACAACAUCGUCAUCAUCAACACGGAUCAUGUAAAGGAGGGUCUGCAGAGGUCUCAUGUUCUGUAUGAUCGGACAGGUGAGGAGCACUACAACAUCAUAUCUGCGAUGCAUAAGUCUAUUCGAGGCUCGGAUGCUAAUGCUGCCCUCUACUGGCUGGCACGGAUGCUGGAAGGGGGAGAGAACCCCUUGUAUGUGGCCCGGAGACUUGUGAGGCUGGCCAGUGAGGACGUAGGUUUGGCGGACCCACUGGCGCUGAACCAGGCUGUUGCCGCGUACCAGGCGUGUCACUUCAUCGGGAUGCCAGAGUGUGAUGUGAUACUGGCCCAGUGUGUCGUGUACCUGGCACGAGCCCCCAAGUCAGCAGCGAUGUACCUGGCGUACAAGAAAGCCAAGUCGUGUGUAAAGGAACACCAGGGGCCUCUUCCGUCCGUGCCCCUACAUCUGCGAAACGCCCCCACGAAACUCAUGAAGAGCCUCAACUAUGGGAAAGGCUACAAGUACAACCCAGCCUUCAGCGAACCGGUAGACCAGGAAUACUUCCCAGAAGAGCUCCGGGGAACAGACUUCUUCACAUGAACACAAGAGUUGUCUCCCCUAGAACCUGGCACAAAAAUGCUUCCAUUUGGAAGAGGAAACUUUUCCACAGAGCAAUCUUAGUACUAAGUUGGUCGUAACUCCCAUACUUUAUCAUAGACUUAUGAUCAACUUAGCACUAAGAUAUCUUUGUGAACCCUUGUCAUGAUCUGACUUAUGUCAGGCCUCAAUAGAUCAGACAGUAUGGGACACUGCAGACAGUACAGCACCUCAGCCGUCCUCAACAGACACGUGAGGCAACAGAGAUCUUGGACAUCUUUAACAUAGGGUUAACAUGGUUACUAGUUGAAAUUUGGAUAACAAUAAAAUUGCAAUCAGAAAGUAGGAUUGGGGAUGAAAUGUGAUGAAGAGUGGAUGGAUGGGCUGCUUAAAGUCUUCUUUGAACAAGUCUAAGAGUUAUUUCCCUUGCCAUAUCACUCUUCUUUGGGGUAAUUUUAUCACUGGCCUGAAAAUUCUGACUGAGCAGUACUGUCUUACUAUCUUACUGUCCCCUUUCUGUUGUAUGUAUGUACAUAUGCUGAAUCUGUGCAUUGAACAUGUCCCUCAAUGAUGUGGAUUUUGCGCUAUACAAACAGCCUUAUUAUUAAUUGAUUAAAAAUAUUAAAGACUUACUGAAUAUUCCACACGUUAAAUUUCCAGUCAGGGGAUGCUUAACAAAGAAAUAAUAAAAAAUAUACUGACAUUUUCCCCUUGCUAAAUGACAAUACCAGUAGGACAGAUACUUGCUUGGUCUGGUCCUGGAUCCUACCCAUGUGUUUCCUCCCCUUUGCUGGGGUAGGUAGCCUAGUGGUUAAAGCAAUUACUCCUCCCACUGUUAUAAUGUCCCUUGGGCACGCCAGAAACCUAUGAUUGUGGGUACGAAUCCCGGUUCGCCCCGAUUAUGUUUCUAGGUUUGUCAGCACCAUACCUGUGCUCGUGGGUUUCUCCAAAGUCGUAAACGUCUGAGACCUGAAUCACUUCGGGCUUUCCUCCCACAUUAAGCUGACACGCCGUGAUAUAACUGGAAUACUGUUAAAAUCAGCGUUAAACCCAACUCACUCAAUCACUCUCUGUGCAAUUAUGAUAGUCAGUAUAUGAUAGAGGGCAAUACAUUAUAAAAUUUGAGUUUGUACUUUGUAGACAACAUUUUAAAACGGUUUCAGAAUGACAUGAAUCAAAUUUGUUAGGAUGUGAGUGACUUGUUGAUCCGAGCCUAUACUGACCCAGGGUGCAUUCAAAGUUCCACCUCCAGCAACCCAUUCUUGUCUCCUGUGAAGAACUGGCUUAGAAUUGGCCUUCAGCAACCCAUGCUUGCCGUAGGGGGCGAGCAGGCUCGCUGACUUGGUUCAUGCAUAUCAGUAUCCCAAUACUUGGAUCGAUGCUCAUGAUGUCAAUCACUGGAUUGUCUGGUCAAUUCUUAAAUAAACUCACACAAAAUAAAAUUUUUCUUUAUUUUAUGUCACUAUUUUUACCUAAAAGACGUAGACCUUGAUCUAUACACACUUAUAUUUUGUACGUGUGACUUCAUGUUCAC